CGCGAGGUGCCAGGGUUCGAGCUCAGACAAGGCUCUGUCCAGCCAGCUCAACUCAUCCACCACAGCUCUUUCACAUGAGUUUACAAACCUCAGGCAUUUACCCAAGUUUUCCAACUCCCUUCAUUACUAUUGGUUUACUUUAAAGCAUUCUUUAAAGCUCUCUUGUUUGAGGAUAAGUGGUGCUCGAUACUUUUUUUAGGGAAGACAGGCGCGCACUGAAACAUCCAAAAUUGGAUUGCAGUUUCUGUUUCUCGUCUUUCAGUUGAAAACCCCGACUCGUGAUGGUUGUCCUGUCACUUAGCUUACUAAUGGUAGGAGUUGUAGUAAGUCUGACUUCAGCCGAUCUGGCUGGUGAAAUAAUAGAUAAAGAAGACUUUUUGAAGAUCCGUUUGAAAGAGUAUGGCCUUGUUACUCCCAUCAGCACAGAUGAAGAGGGACACUACCUCUCACAUCUCCUCUCGGCCAAUCACAAGCAGCGUGUGAAGCGGGACGCUUUGGAUGAGCCUGCACCAGGUGUAGAGACGCGGUUCUUUAACAUCACUGUCUUUGGCAAUGAAUUCCACCUCCGACUAUAUUCCAAUCAUCGAUUAGUUGCUCCAGGAGCCACGGUGGAAUGGCAUGAUGAGAUUGAGGCUGAAAACGUGACUGAUAACAGAACCCACUCUGAGAAAAUACUCAGAAAAGAAUUGCUGAAAACAGACUGCGCUUUGAUUGGAGAGAUCACGAAUGUGCCUGGAGCUUCUGUUGCCAUUAACAACUGUGAUGGGCUGGCCGGUAUGAUUCGCACAGAUUCUGAUGAGUACUUCAUUGAGCCUCUGGAGAGAGGAACAGAAGAACAUGAGGAUAGUGGAAGAGUACAUGUGGUGUACCGAAGAUCUGCAGUAUUGCAAGCUGAUUCAGACAUCUCUUCGGACUACCAGCCGAUUGAGUCUGGAUUUGAUGUGCCGAAGGUGCUGGACAAUGUUGCUAAACAAAUCAACCGGACGACCAGGAGGCGAAGACAUGCUGGUGACGAUGACUACAACAUUGAGGUGCUUCUUGGAGUAGAUGAUUCUGUUGUCCGCUUCCACGGAAAAGAGCAUGUGCAGAACUAUCUCCUCACCCUUAUGAACAUUGUGAAUGAGAUCUACCACGAUGAGUCAUUAGGCGUUCACAUUAAUGUUGUUCUUGUGAGGAUGAUCAUGCUUGGCUAUGCUAAGUCCAUUAGUCUCAUUGAGCGUGGCAACCCUUCACGAAGCCUGGAAAAUGUGUGCCGCUGGGCAUUUGGCCAGCAGAAGGACGACCCAGAACACUCUGAGCAUCACGAUCAUGCCAUCUUCCUGACUCGGCAAGGCUUCGGCCCUACAGGGAUGCAGGGAUAUGCACCUGUCACUGGGAUGUGCCACCCUGUCCGCAGCUGUACCCUCAAUCAUGAAGACGGCUUCUCCUCUGCAUUUGUAGUAGCCCAUGAGACAGGCCAUGUGCUGGGAAUGGAACAUGAUGGUCAAGGCAACCGCUGUGGUGAUGAGACAGCCAUGGGAAGCGUCAUGGCCCCUCUGGUGCAAGCAGCCUUCCAUCGCUAUCAUUGGUCUAUGUGCAGUGGGCAAGAACUGAAGAGAUACAUUCAUUCAUAUGAUUGCCUUUUGGAUGACCCCUUUAAACAUGACUGGCCCCAGCUUCCUGAACUUCCAGGCAUCAAUUACUCCAUGGAUGAGCAGUGUCGUUUCGAUUUUGGUGUUGGAUACAAAAUCUGUACUUCAUUUCGCACAUUUGAUCCAUGCAAGCAGCUGUGGUGUAGUCAUCCAGAUAACCCUUACUUCUGCAAAACCAAAAAGGGUCCUCCAUUGGAUGGCACUGAAUGCGCGCCUGGAAAGUGGUGCUACAAAGGUCACUGCAUGUGGAAGAAUGCCAACCAAGUGAAGCAAGAUGGGGCCUGGGGUGAUUGGAGCAAGUAUGGCUCCUGCUCUCGUUCCUGUGGGACGGGCGUGCGCUUCAGAACCCGCCAGUGCAACAACCCUGUUCCAUCUAAUGGAGGUCAGGAUUGCCCGGGGGUGAACUAUGAGUACCAACUGUGUAACACAAAUGAUUGCCCCAAACACUUUGAGGACUUCAGAGCUCAGCAGUGUCAGCUUCGCAACUCUCACUUUGAGUACCAGAACAGCAAGCACCAUUGGCUUCCUUACGAGCACCCGGAUGCCAACAAAAGAUGUCACCUUUAUUGCCAGUCAAAACAAACAGGCGAUGUGGCUUACAUGAAGCAGCUGGUACAUGAUGGGACAAAGUGCUCAUACAAGGACCCAUACAGCAUAUGUGUGCGAGGGGAGUGUGUGAAAGUUGGCUGUGACAAGGAAAUUGGUUCAAACAAAGUGGAGGAUAAAUGUGGUGUCUGUGGGGGUGACAACUCCCACUGCCGAACUGUGAAAGGAACAUUUACUCGUACCCCCAAGAAAACUGGGAAAACAAGAGGAGCAUUCUUAUUGCCAAAAGGAGCACGGAAUGUAUAUCUGAAUGAAUCGGAGGAACCUAGGAAUAUCAUUGCUAUCAAGAACCAGGCAACGGGACAUUACAUUCUCAACGGCAAAGGAGAGGAGUCGAAGUCCCGGCGCUUCAUUGAUAUGGGAGUAGAGUGGGAUUACAUUAUUGAGGAGGAUGUCGAGACCCUCCACACUGAUGGUCCACUACACGAUGCAAUUGUUGUUCUGAUUAUUCCUAAGGACAAUGAGACGAGAUCUACGCUCGUGUACAAAUACAUCAUCCAUGAAGACUCAGUGCCCAUAAACAACAAUAAUGUCAUUCAGGAGGACACGUAUGAGUGGGCACUGAAGAGCUGGUCCCAAUGCUCAAAACCUUGCGCUGGAGGGUUCCAGUACACCAAAUAUGGAUGCCGUAAAAAAGGUGACAACAAAAUGGUACACAGAAGCUACUGCGACAUAAGCAAGAGACCCAAACCUAUUCGCAGAAUGUGUAACCUACAGGACUGCACACAACCACAAUGGAUCACAGAGGAGUGGGAGCAUUGUACUAAAACUUGUGGGAGUUUGGGGUACCAGAUCCGCACGGUGCGAUGCGUCCAGUUCCUUCAUGAAAGCACAAAUCGCUCCAUCCACAGCAAGUACUGCAGUGGAGAAAAGCCUGAAAUCAGACGACCAUGCAACAGAGUGCCCUGCCCAGCCCAAUGGAGGACCGGAGCCUGGUCAGAGUGCUCUGUAACCUGCGGAGAGGGUGUGGCACGACGCGUGGUCACAUGUCGGAUCGGAGAUCAGUGUACUGGAGAGAAGCCAGAAUCACAUAAGCCUUGCAGACAAGGAUCCUGCCAUGAUGAGCCAUGCGGAGGUGACAAGUCCAUAUUCUGCCAGAUGGAAGUCCUUGCUCGUUAUUGCUCUAUACCGGGCUACAACAAGCUCUGCUGUGAAUCCUGCAGCAAGAGAAGUGGCACUUAUGCCCCUAUUGCGCACGAAGCUGCCGAGACAGAGGAGGGACUUCGCUUCGGUUCAGCCUCACAGCUUCUGGAGACGCUCUCGGCCACUGUUAAUGGAUCUCUGAAAGGCCCUCAGCAGAGUCAACGAGAAUUCCUGUCACAAGGCCAGCUCACAAAGCAGACGCCCACUCCCCCACCCCGUAAAGCCAAUGUCGAGAACAUCAAGACUCAAAAGCGGAUCAAAGCUGGCGCUAGGAAUCUGGCUGCAAUGUCGAUCCACAGCCCACGGAUUGAAAAUGGCCCUAAAGACACUCCUUGGCAAUUGGAAAGUUUUCAAGAGAGGCCAACAGCAUUAUCUGAGGUAGAGAGAUGAAGUAUAAUUUGUCUUUUGGACUCGCUCUCUCUCUUUUUUUGUUUUUUGUAGAUAUAGAUGUUUAACAUUCAUCUUCACUAUCAGAUCAACCCGUGAUGUGUUUUAAAGAGAGAGUAAAGUGCUGGUUCACUUUGAAAUGUUCUCAGUUCCCCCACCAACAGUAUUUGAUCACUCGCUGUUGUGAUGUGCCAAAGUAUCUUCUUAACAGCCCGGUCAAUGGGUUGGGGAUAAAUAAUCUUACGUACAGUAUAGAGACUCCAAAGUGGUACUUGUUAGGAAAUGGUUGUAGUUAUAUAAAACCUCAAAAUCCUAACAGAUUUAUUUUUAUCAACUCCAAACUUGGAUUUGCUUCACCAAUAUUUAUGUACUUCCUGUAAAUACUGUAUAUGGCAAAUGUCAGUAUUAUUUUUUUUUUAAAAAAAAAAAAACAAGCUGAGGAUUUUUGGCGUUCAGGAGCAUAAAUGGUGCUUUUUAUAGACGACAAUUGUUCAUGUUCCCAGUCUUGAGUAAAACACUGUUUUUAAUUUAUUUGUCAGUCCUGGGAAGCAAUCCAGGAGCAACCUAUGCAUCAGCAAAAAAGCCAUAAAAUAUUAACUCUUCAAAGUGUUUUAUUCGUUUAAUUAAUGCACUGCAAAAAAUGACUUUUUUACUUAGUAUUUUUGUCUUGUUUUCAGUAGAAAUAUCUAAAAAUUCUUAAAUCAAGAUGUAUGAUAAGCAAAAUGACCCAAGAAAAUAAUACUAGUUUUAAGACAAAAAAUAUAUACAAUUUAAGGGAAUUUGUGCUUAAAACAAGCAAAAAUAACUGCCAAUGGGGUGAGAAAAUUUUACUUGAAUUAAGUGUUUAAGAAAAAAGAAAUCUUAUUUCACAAUUUUUUUUCUCACCCCAUUGGCAGAUCAUUUAGCUUGUUUUAAGGACAAUUUCAAGGACAAUUUCAUUUAAAUUGUAUAUUAUUUGUCUUAAAACUAGACUUAUUUACUUAAUUUAAUUUUUAGAUAUUUCUACUGAAAACAAGACAAAAAUACUAAGUAAGAAAAUCAUUUUUUGCAGUGUGAGCCACCUCAUAGCAAGUAUUCAUGCAAAUUUCUUCUGACAAACACCCUAUUCCCCACAAAGGUAUUUUUUUAAAACGUUUUCAUAAACAAUCUGUUUCCCUAAACUUAUUUUCACAGUGUUCAGACAUCUCUUUGUUUUUUACCUCUUGGAUUUUCCUAUUUUUUAUUUUGACUUAUUGAAAUCUCUUUGUUUUAAAGAAUACGAGUGUCAACAUUGUGCCUACAGCAGCUUUAUCUGAGAAAUAGGAGACCCAUCAUGUGUAUUGUAAGAUGAAUUGGACGUUUAAGGCUAGAUUUGAAGGAGUAAAGCUGGACUUUCUGAGGAUCUUAUAUUAUGAGACAUUGCAUGAGAUUUCUCAUUUGUCUGAAGAAGAAGAAAGCUAUUUAUUUUUAUAAACAAGGAUUAUAUGUCUCAACCACAAUGCAUCUGACUGCAAUACCAAGGAAACCAGUUAAUCCAUCAGUGAAGUUCAGCUGUUUAAAAUCGUACACACGUUUGCCUCCUGUGUUGUACUGUGUAGCUAUUGUAUAUACCAUUGAGAACUUUAGAGUAUUUAUUAAGAUUUAAAGUUCAAAGUCAUGUUUUAUGUGCAGCAAAUCUGUCAUUUCAGACCAAACCAAAUCAAACCCAAAAUCAGUUUAAUAGGUGUAGACUAAAGCUUUCAUUGAAUAGCAAGAGGAGCUCACAGUAGUAAAUACAAACAAAUAAAAGUAAGUCUAUGAAUAGCUUUUAUGUUUGACUUUUUGUUUAUGUUGUUUUUUAAACACAAUAAUAAAACACAUGCUCAUUUUCGAGAUGUUAUAAUAAAGGAAAGCUGUUCCACAGCAGUUUUAGAAUAGAAAAUUAUAGAGAAAAUCUCACACAAAGCUGUGAAUAACAGCGGUUCACCCCAAUCCCACACGAAACUGUGUUUUACAGUUCAUUCGUAGCUCUUAUUAAUAGAAAAAUGACAAAAUGAUUGUGGAUUUUGAUCCUCUGGAACAGGCAAUUUGUGGACAUUCAGCAGAUAAGCACGGAUGUCAUUUUAUUCUCGUUCACAUCUUGUCGAUGAAAGAUUUGCUGCUAAUACCAUCAACAAGCUUUCAGAGGCCCAAAAGUAAACAAGUGCUAGUAGAUGAUAUAUUGACAAUCCCUGAGCCACAGACAGAGAUAAAAUACAUAAUGUGUAUUUCCAUAUUUCCAUGUCCUUUCAAGUAUUAAUAAUUUUUUUGCUUAUAAAGUCAUGUCAUGUUCAUUUGCUAACGUCACGUCUCUUUGUUUUUACCUGUACUUUUGUUAGUUGUAAUGGAAGUGUACACUACUGAGGCUGUUUGUUGUAAUGGGGAGCACAUAGCAAUAAAGAAAGUAAUGAACA